AUGCAUUCCCGCAGGAUUCUACAACUUCCGCUCCGUGCGCAUGCACCACGAGUGCAUACAACCUCGCAGUUCCCUCUUGCACCGAGAUACCCUAUCCGGAAUGUCAGCACUGCCGCAUCCCACACCACCUCCGCCCGACGGUCGCGAUGGACGCGCCGUUUUAUCUACCUGGGAAUCUUCGGAGCACUUGGGAUUAGCGUGGGACAAUGGAUGGACAAGAAGAUCUCCGCACCUCCAGCUCCUGGAACGCCCGAGGACAAGCUGCAGUUGCAAGACAUCCAACAGGUCUUCGAUGUUGGUCUUCCGAUAGUGCAAAGGCUGCGCAGGGACCCCGAUUACGUGGAAAUGGGCGUCUAUCAGAACUACUCGGAAAAGAGCAAGGCAAAUCGACUGACUUCAGGUCCGCUGGCUGGAAGCAGAGGCUUUGGGUUGCAGAAAGUCUUUUGGAAUGAAAAGGAGCAUCAGCUGGUUAGCGUGGUGUUCAUGGGAUCGGGUAUCGAGGGAUGGCCAACAAUGGUGCACGGCGGCGCCCUUGGUACUAUAAUCGACGAGAACCUCGGCCGCGCUGCCAUUCGACAUUUCCCUGCCCAAACGGGCGUAACUGCGAACCUCAACAUCAACUAUCGCGCUCCUGUCUACUCGGACAGCUUCUGGUCUCUCCACACAACUCUCGACCCGGAGCGGAGCACGGACCGGAAGGCGUAUGUCACCUGCGAACUGCGCGACAUGACUGGCCGUGUUUGUGUUGAGGCAACGGGUCUCUUUGUUGUCCCAAAAAAGCUAAAGUUGGCGAAGCUCGGCGACCACUUCUAG